AUGGUUAAGAAAUUCAUUUGGCAGCACAUCAUCUGUCGAUUUGACAUUCCACGUCGACUCAUCUCGGACAAUGGGAGGCAGUUCACAGGUCAGCAGCUCAAGGAAUGGUGUGAGGGGUACGACAUUCAGCAGACCUUCACUUCCAUAGCAUACUCUCAUAGCAACGGGCAAGCCGAAGUUGCCAACCGCAAGAUCCUUCGUGUUUUGCGGGCUCGGCUCGACCACGUCGGAGGGAGCUGGGUUGAUGAAUUCCCCAGCGUACUAUGGGCGAUUCAUAUGACUCAUGAGGGGAAGGGAGUAACCCCAUUCCACUUGGUGUACGAGGGAGAGGCAGUCGCCCCUGUCGAAGUCGGGGUUGAGUUCGACCGGAUACAACAUUACAGCGAGGACAACGCCAAGCAGAGACUUCUGGAGCUGGAUUUAGUGGAUGAGGCACGAGCUAAAGUCGCCGUCCGGCUGAUGGCAUAUUGA